GUACGUAGAUGGAUGAUUGUGAGGGAUGUUGAUUUUACCACGUAAUACCGUAAUGUCGCGAUUAAUUGAGUAAUAUAAUCGAGCUGCUUGUUCGCUCGUGUACUUUUCCAGUAGAAUCAUAAAAUUUUAGAUCCUACCAGGGUGGUACAAUGAGUUUUAAAUAAACGAUUCACCUCACAUGCACACGCGUGAUGCACAGACAGACAGUUUUCUUUGGCGCUUCACUUACUUUUCCCGCUGUAUUUAAUUCACGUAAAAAUAGGUAAAGAGAGAAAGAAGGCAACCCAGACGAAAGGAGAGAGUCGCAGAAUUAUUCGAGCGAGAGAUAAGAAGCAGUGAAACGCAGUGAAGAAAGGAGUAAAAGAAGAAGAAGAAGGCGUACGGCAGAGGUGGCAGGGAAAGUGGUGGGGAUAAAGGGUCGGUGAUGACGGUAGCAGCAGCAGCAGCAGAAGCAGCGGUAUCGAGGGCGCAGCUUGCAGCCACGAGACGACACAAUGCACGGACAUGGAACGUUGCCUUCUGGCGAGCAAACACCUGCUCCCUGAACCGUCUCUACCCCCAACCUUUUAUGGCAAAGACGAUAUAAAAGUGGUAGGGCGGCUGACAGUUUGGGCCAGUGAGCUUCCGGUGCUCGUGCGUGAGUGGUACUCGUGAAAGCCGGCGCCGUUCAACUUCGCGGUUAAGUUAAGUUAGUUUAGUUAGGUAAGGUGAGGUGAGGUGGGGUGGGGUGAGGUGAAAAGGAAAGGAAAGGAAAGGAACAACGAUGGACAAUGGGAGAAGCGGUGCCUGGCUGUUGUUAUGCUGCGCUACGUUCGCAGCGAUCGUUGCGCAAGAAGAGAUUCGCGGCGAAGAAAACGUCACGGACGCGAUAAGAUCGUUGCGGGAACAAGUGAACGCUCUGCUCGAUCAUCGGCAACAGGAUUACAACGCCCUCGAGGGAAGCUUGAAGCGCGCGAUCGAGAAAAACACGGAGUUGUUCGUUCUUAAAAACGAAAUCAAACAACUGAGAAAGGAAGUGAUCUCCCUUCGUGGCGGGAACGGGAACGAGGCGAAGAACGAAAGGUUGCGCGUAAGAUGGCUAGGAAGCGCGGUGACCGAGCUCCAAGGAGAAGUCGCGGAAGUUCUUCGUACGAGAAACGCGAGCGAAGAGCUGGCCGAGAGAUCGCGAAUGAAGGGCGAACUUGCUCUGUUGAAAGGUGACGUUGCCGCGGUCGGCCGAGGCAUUCGAAAUCUCGGCGGUAGAAUCGCCAAGAUCGAGGCUGUCCUCGGAACGAUUCGCGUCGACAUCGCAGCGGUCAAGGAACGCUUUACUCUGCUCUCUCGCAGCUGCGCUGACGUCGCCAGUCAGUUGAGCUCGGUCCAAAUCGAGGUUAAAUCUCUUAGAUGCGAGACAUCUUCCGCUAUCGCGGCAAACUCGGUGUUUCACCGGGGAAUCGAAGGAGAUGGUGUACCGACAGAUAGCAACAAGGGUAGUGGUGAUCGUAAGAGUACGGAACACGAUGUGCUCAGACGAGGAGGAGGUGAAGGAGGAGCGAGAAGGCACGGCUACUAUGCGAGACGAAACGAAGGGCAUCGAACGCGGUUUGUCGAGGAUCGUUUAAAGAGCCUAGAGCGUAAAAUCUCUUUGAGCACGCAGAGACGAGCGUCGUUGGAGAAACGCGUUGCCGCUGCCGCUGCUGCUGCCGCCGCGUACGAGAACGAGGAAUGGUCGAGUUUGAGCAGACGAAUGAACAAGUUGGAGAGAGCGCAAGUCGAAUUGUCGCGGCAAAUGUCGAACGUGAGUGAGAGUACGACGUUAACGAGGAAAAUCGGGGAAUCGGUGAGUUCACGGGUAAUCGGCUCGCUACGAAGCCUGGAGGAGGCGAUCGAGAGGAAUAACUCGUCGACGAAACGAGAGAUGCUUCGGCUGGACGUGAACGCUGCCCGAAAAGCUGCCGAACUAUCGCUGACCAGGGAGGAGCUGAACAAUCUACGGCGCACCGUUCAGGCGUUGAGCGUCAGCGCGUCCAAACUCCAAGAGAGAAGUGACCGGCAACAGGAAGCGAUUGAUCUCUUCAACGUCACUACCACUUACUACGCACCACCGACCGAUUUUCACCAACUUUCCUACCCGGAACUCUCCAGCGCCGCCCUCUUUUCCGAACUAGAGCAACUCGAGGAUCGCUAUCACACAAUCGGGAAUAAUCUGACUGGCGACUGCGAGCUACCUGAGAAGGAUGGGCUCAGGCUGUUGGAGGCAGGUGCCAGGCCGAUCUUGGUCUUUUGUCGACAAGGUUGGACUGUAGUCGCGCGGCGUAUCGACGGCACCCUUGACUUUGAUCGCACCUGGAACGAUUAUUCCCUCGGGUUCGGUUCUCCGGUCACCGAAUAUUGGAUUGGCAACCAGAUCCUUCACAAACUCACUCGCGACAAUUGUACUCGACUUCGAAUCGACAUGGUGGAUAUUUACGCGGAGCGGUGGCGUGCCGAGUACGAUUGGUUCGCGGUCGAAUCGGAGGAGACCGGUUACACGCUACGAGUCGGGGGCUACGCCGGUAACGCUACCGACGCCCUUUCCUAUCAGAACGGAAUGGCUUUCAGCGCCAAAGACCGAGAUAUGGACGUUAGCACGACUCAUUGCGCCAGAAACUAUCACGGCGGAUGGUGGUUCAGUCGGUGCCAACAUGCCAACCUCAACGGCAAAUACUCAUUGGGUCUAACGUGGUUCCGAUCCGACACCAAUCGCUGGAUGUCCAUCGCUUCCUCGGAAAUGUCCGUACGCACAAAUUCCAACUGUCGAUCGCGAUAACCCUGCCAUCGAUGCCAAAGAUUUUAAGAUGAAUCGUCGUUACGUUAGCUAUCGCGUAAAUUCGGACGCAAAUCACGAUAUUCUACCUCUGUAAUUAUACAUACUUACGUACAUAUAUGAAUAUUAUUAGCUCUUCUCCUUCAAUUCGUCGACUACUUCACACUCGAACCACCAACCCUUCC